AUGUACUAGGGUAAGACACUGCAUUGUGUCUGCAGUAGGGAAUAGAUAAAUGUGUCUUAACCAUUUUAAAGAGCCACCUCAGGUUAAAGUCCUCAGCCUCGGGGCUGUCACUUUAGGCCAGUGUGGGUGCACACACCUGAUUCUGCCCACACCUAAUCAACUGCUAGAGUGGUUGCUAAGCACCCUGAUUAGUAGAACCAGGUGUGCACACCCACACUGGCCCUUUCUGCUCUAAGACCCCAGCUCUAAAACACAGAAAGCACUUAAUUAAAAAAAAAUUAACAGCUUGUUAAAACUCUGGGACUGCAGUUGAGGUUGGAAGGAAAACCAACAGACACCGUGGUCCCCCAGGCCCGAGUUAGAGAACCACUGGUUUUUUGGGGAUGUUGAGACGGUCACGUUUGUGACCCCCUGGCUCAGACAGCCCCAGGUAAUGGUGUUUGUGCAGGGGGGAGACGUGCGAGGACAGAACACACAGAUUAGACCGUCCCGUCCCCUCUCUGAUCGCCCCGCCGCCGGCUCGGUCCAGUACGAUUUUUAGCGUGGCUCCCAGUCCCCGCCUCCUGGGGAGAGGCGCAGGAGACAAUGGCGACCACACCCCUUUCCUCUUCCACGCCACUGGAUUUGCGGAUUUUUUUUUCCGGAAGAGGGGAAGUGAGCGCGUUUCCCGUUGCAGUUUCCCGUCCUCUCCUGCGCUCUGCGGGGGCUGAAGUCUCCCUGAACCCUCACAGAGAGGCUCUGAGCUCUGAGGAGCAAGGGAGAAACCCACAGCACACGCACCGCACCACCGCCCAAUCACCGGGGACAGAACCUGGCCCAGUCUGGAACGAGAGGAAAAGUACUGCCGAAUUUUAAGUCCGCCCUCCCUUCCCAAUAAGCACAGUGAUGUGAGAACUCUGAAGUGCACGCUGGCAAUCCCCUCUCACAGAGCAUGCCUGUGAGUCCGGCAGCCCGCAAACAUGAGCCAUCCGACCAGCAGCAGCAGCGGCAGCAGCAGCACUGCGCGUCCAACGGCAACCAGGGGGACUCGGACAGCUCCAGAGAGGACGGCGUGUACGACACCAUCCGGCCCGCCGCCAACAAGCCCCCCGCCCCACCCAUGGAGGAUCCCCAGGGCAGCGUCGCCGUCAUCCGCAUAGGGAUCCCGGACCUGCAGCAAACCAAAUGCAUGAAGUUCCACACAGAAGCCCCCGUCUGGGUCUCCAAGCAGCGCAUCUUGUGCAGCCUGAACCAGAGCCUGAAGGAUGUGCUCAACUACGGCCUGUUCCAGCCCGCCCACCACGGCAAGGCCGGGAAGUUCCUGGACGAGGAGCGCCUGCUCAAAGAGUACCCCCUCCCCGUGGUCGCCCCCGUCCCAUAUCUGGAGUUCCGCUACAAGAGGCGUGUCUACACCCAGACCCACCUGGAGGACAAGCAGCUGGCCAGGCUCCACACCAAGGCGAACUUGAAGAAGUUUAUGGAGUAUGUCCAACAGAGGAACGUUGAAAAAGUGGCGAAGUUACUAGAGAAGGGGCUUGAUCCGAACUUCCACGACCCAGACACGGGAGAAUGCCCGCUGACCAUGGCGGCCCAGCUGGAGGGAUGUGCCGAGCUGAUAAAGGUGCUGAAGAGCGGUGGAGCUCAUCUGGACUUCAGGACCCGAGACGGGAUAACAGCCCUGCACAAGGCCGUGAGGACCAAGAACCACACCGCCCUCAUCACGCUGUUAGACCUGGGUGCGUCCCCGGACUACAAGGACAGCCGGGGGCUGAGCCCGCUGUACCACAGCUCCAUGGUGGGGGGGGACCCCUACUGCUGCGAGCUGCUGCUGCACGACCACGCCCAGGUGGGCUGCAUGGACGAGAACGGCUGGCAGGAGAUCCACCAGGCCUGUCGCCAUGGGCACGUGCAGCAUCUGGAGCACCUCCUGUUCUACGGAGCGGACAUGAGCGCGCAGAACGCCUCGGGGAACACGGCGCUGCACGUCUGCGCGCUCUACAACCAGGAUAGCUGUGCGAGGGUUCUACUGUUUCGAGGGGCCAAUAAAGAGAUCAAGAACUACAACAGUCAAACGGCAUUCCAGGUGGCAAUUAUCGCUGGGAAUUUUGAUCUGGCGGAAAUAAUAAAGAUUCACAAACCAUCAGAUGUUGUGCCUUUCAGGGAGACGCCCUCCUACACUAACCGCCGUCGCGUGGCGCCCGGCGGCGGCACGCUGACCUCGCCCCGCUCGCUGCUGCGCUCCGCCAGCGACAACAACCUGCACGCGGACGGGCACGCGGCCCCCGCCCACUCGCCCGUGCCCUCGCUGCGCAGCCUGCCGCCGCUGGGCCCCCCCGCGGGCGCCGGGGCGGGGCCGGGGGCGGGCGAGGCCGGGGACAGCCUGCAGAGCACGGCCAGCUCCCGCAGCUCGCACUCCCGCUCGCCCUCGCUGCACCGCGUGCCCGAGGAGGCCGACCGCCUCAGCCUGCGCAGGCAGCCCCGCGGACGCCUCAGCCCCAGCACGGUCCAGCGGGAGCCCAGCCCCCCUCCCCAGCCGCCGGCCCUCGCCGGGCCCCGGGGCCCCAAGAGGAAACUGUACAGCGCCGUCCCCGGCCGCACCUUCAUCGUGGUCAAGCCCUACACGCCGCAGGGGGACGGCGAGAUCCAGCUGAACCGCGGGGAGAGGGUGAAGGUGCUGAGCAUCGGUGAGGGGGGAUUCUGGGAAGGCUCGGUGAAGGGGCGCACCGGCUGGUUCCCUGCAGAAUGUGUGGAGGAGGUGCAGAUGAGGCAGUACGACCCACGGCUCGAGACGCGAGAAGACAGGACUAAGAGGCUCUUCAGGCACUACACGGUGGGAUCCUAUGACAACUUCACCUCAUACAGCGAUUACAUCAUCGAGGAGAAGAGCGCCGUCCUGCAGAAGAAGGAGAGCGAGGGAUUUGGAUUCGUGCUUCGAGGAGCGAAAGCGGAGACGCCCAUCGAGGAGUUCACGCCCACGCCGGCCUUCCCCGCGCUGCAGUACCUGGAGUCCGUGGAUGUGGAGGGCGUGGCCUGGAGGGCGGGGCUUCGGACGGGAGACUUCCUCAUCGAGGUGAACGGGGUCAACGUGGUGAAGGUGGGGCACAAGCAGGUGGUCUCCCUAAUCCGGCAGGGGGGCAACCAUCUCCUCAUGAAGGUGGUCUCUGUCACCCGCAAGCCCGAAUCGGAGGAGGUGGUCCGCAAGAAAGCGCCCCCGCCCCCCAAGAGGGCCCCCAGCACCACGCUCACGCUGCGCUCCAAGUCCAUGACGGCCGAGCUGGAGGAGCUGGCUUCCGCGCGGAGGAGGCGAGGGGAGCGGCUGGACGAGAUGCUGGCCUCCCAGGAGCCCGUGCUGCGGCCGAAGGUGGCCGAGGCCGACUACCGAGCCGCCACCGUCAAGCAGCGGCCCACCAGCCGCAGGAUCACGCCGGCCGAGAUCAGCUCGCUGUUUGAGCGGCAGGGGAUGGCUCUGCACGGGGUGCUGCCGGCGGGGAUGGAGAAGGAGCACAUGCAGCUGCCGAAAGGCAUGUCCCGGACCAAGUCCUUCGGCUCCACAGAGGAGGACCGGCUGUCGGCUUUGGCGGGAGAACCCCGGUUUCCACGGAGCUCGUCGAUGACGGACAGCCUCAGAGAAGGCCAGAGCAUCCCUCCCCCUCCCCAGAUCGCCCCUCCCCCUCCUCCCCCGUCCCCGUACUUCCUGGACACGGGACCGCCCCCGGCCUUCUGCCCGCCCCCUCCGCCAGGGCGGGGCCAGGACCAGACGCGCUCCAGCUUCAAGCCGGGGGCGGAGGCGCGGGUCCACGGGCUGAUGGCGGCGGCGGCGGGGGGGGCGGGGGGCGGCGAGGCGUACGAUUCGCCUCGGGCUUUGGCGCACGCCGAGCGGCAGAAGAAGGCGCGGUCCAUGAUCAUCCUCCAGGACUCCGCCCACCUGCCCGUGGAGCCCACCGACAUCCCGCGGCCGGGCCCCGCCUCCACGCCGCCGGAGAAGCUGAAGAGGAAGGGGCGGGUCCUCGACAACCCGUACGCCAACGUGGGCCAGUUCAGCAUGGGGCUGUACACGCCCGCCAAGCCGCAGCGCAAGAAGAGCCCGCUGGUCAAGCAGCUGCAGGUGGAGGACGCGCAGGAGCGCGCCGCCCUGGCCUCCGCCCACGCCCGCGACCUGUCCCCCACGGGCCGCCUGCCCCACCUCAGCCGCGCCGCCGACUUCUACGCCCAGCAGCUGCUGCAGGAGCGCGCGCGCGCCGCCGGGGAGGGCCCCUUCGCCGCCGCCAUCGCCGUGGCGGUGCGGGACCGGGAGAAGCGGCUGCAGGACGGCAGGAAGUCCACGGUCUUCCUGUCGGUGGGCGCGGGCGAGAGCGGGCCGCCGGCGGCCGAGGCGCCCUCGCUCACCCAGUCGCGCUCGGUGGACGAGCGGCUGCUGACGCGCGAGCUCGGCCCGCUGCCCCCGCCGGCCCUGGUGCUGCAGCCCUCGCCCGGCGGCACCACCUUCAUCCACCCGCUCACCGGGAGGCCCCUGGACCCCAACUCGCCGCUGGCGCUGGCGCUGGCCGCCAGGGAGCGGGCGCUGACGUCCCAGAGCCAGUCCCCCGCCAGCAGCCCCGAGCCCCGCGCCAAGCACGAGCGGGCGGGGCCUCUGUUCGCCCCGCCCCACACCAAAGAGGCGGAGCGGCCCGAGACCGAGGGCGGGCUGGGCGCCGCCCCCUUCUCCCCGGAGGCCAAGGGAGGCUUCGAGCCCGUCUCGCGCGCCGCGACCCCCCCCAAAGCGCAGUGGGGCCCCCCCGCCCCGCUCCGCAACGAGGUGGAGGCGCCGGCCGAGCGGAAGGCGGAGGACAGGAAGGGCGUGGUCAUGAGCAUCGUGGACACGUCGCAGCAGAAGACGGCCGGCCUCAUCGUGGUGCACGCCAUGAGCAACGGGCAGGCCGAGGAGGCGGAGCCGUCUGCGUCGCCCACGGGGCACGGCCCGCCGGACACGCCCACGCCCACGGAGCCCCCCCAGCCCGCCCCGGCCGAGGCAGCGCGCGGCCCCUCCCCGAGCCCCGAGGCCCCGCCCGCCCAGCCGCCGCCCCCGCCGCCGCCCGCCAGCCCCUCAGGGGAGAAGACGCUGGCGCAGGGCAGCUCGGAGGAGGACGUGGAGCCCUACGCCGUGGCCCUCCCGCCCGCGCUGCUCUCCUCCAGCGACGAGGAGACGCGCGAGGAGCUGCGCAGGAUCGGCGUGGUGCCGCCGCCCAACCAGUUCGCCAACGGCCUGCAGGCGCCCGCCCCGGAGCCAGCCGAACCGACCGCCCCCCCAGCCCCAGCAGCCCCCACCCUAACCCCCACCCCAGCAGCAGCAGCAGCAGCGGCGGCGGCUCAGCCCCCUCCUGCUGGUGGAGCACCCUCAGGGAAAGCCACGGACGCAACUCCGCCCACGCCCGAGUCUGCCGCCGACUCCGGGGUGGAGGAGGCGGACACGCGCAGCUCCAGCGACCACCACCUGGAGACCACGAGCACCGUCUCCACCGUCUCCAGCAUGUCCACGCUGUCCUCGGAGAGCGGCGAGCCCACAGACACCUACACUUCCUACGCCGACGGGCAGACUUUUGUACUCGACAAGCCGCCAGUGCCUCCCAAGCCCAAACUCAAGUCCCAGCUCGGCAAGGGGCCGGUGACCUUCAGGGACCCCCUGCUGAAGCAGUCCUCGGACAGCGAGCUGCUCCCCCAGCAGCACGCCGCCGCCGCCGCCGGCCGACCCCGCUACCUCUUCCAGAGACGCUCCAAGCUUUGGGGGGACCCCCUGGAGGCCCGGCCGGCCCCGGGCCCCGAGGACGGGAAGCCCACUGUGAUCGGGGAGCUGAGCUCCAGGCUCCAGCAGCUCAACAAGGACACGCGCUCGCUGGGGGAGGAGCCCCUGGGGGCCUCGCUGGACCCCGGGAGGAAGUCACCGGUGUCAGGUGCCAGACUUUUCAGUAGUUUAGGAGAGCUUCACACCAUUUCGCAGAGGAGCUACGGAGCCACGUACACAAUCCGACCGGGCAGCCGGUACCCUGUGACCCGCCGGACCCCCAGCCCGGGGAAGGGCUCCCCGGACCGGACCGACCCGCUGGGGCCCAUCAGGGGCUUCGGGCUGGCCGGCUCGCCCACCACGCCCCCCACCAUCCUCAAGUCGUCCAGCCUGAGCCUCCCGCACGAGCCCAAGGAGGUGCGCUUCGUCACGCGCAGCUCCAGCGCCCGCAGCCGCUCGCCCUCGCCCUCGCCCUCGCCCGCCCUCUCCCCGCUGCUCGCCCUGCGGCCCUUCCACCAGAAGCCCCUGCAGCUGUGGAACAAGUACGACGUGGGCGACUGGCUGGAGAGCAUCCACCUGGGCGAGCACCGCCACCGCUUCCAGGAGCACGAGAUCGAGGGCUCGCACCUGCCCGCCCUCACCAAGGACGACUUCGCCGAGCUGGGCGUGACGCGCGUGGGCCACCGCAUGAACAUCGAGCGCGCGCUCAAGCAGCUGCUGGAGAGCUGACCCCGCCCCCCCGCCGAGCCCCGCCCCCUGCCCCUCAUCUCCACCCCCCGCCUCCAUGCUUCCUUUCAGGCCUUCUCUCUUUGUGUGUGUGUGUGUUUUUAAUUAAACAAUCAUCUAUUUAUUCUCUGCUCACUUGCAUUGCACUGAAUGGAAGAGCUCUGCCUCCUUUCAUGGUCUCUCCGCCCCUGACCCUGCCCCUGACUCCGCCCCUGACCCUGCCUCUGACUCCACCCCUGACCCUGUCCCCUGCCCUUUGACCGACCAGCCCCCCCCCCCCCCGACAUGCAGGCAUCCCUUUGGAGUGAUUUCCAGCUGAAAGUGAAUGUUGCAUGUGUGCACAUAUCUCCCAUCUGUGAAUGCGCCAACACGUAUCACACCCCGCCACAUUCUCCUCUGCGCUCAUUCUCACAAAUUCCCCAAGAUUCCCUGCUGCAGUACAAUGGAAUAGAUUGGAAGAAUCUUGUUUGAAAAGGAAAAUUAAGUUGCCUUUUUAAAAAUAUUUCGUCAAAGAUCAAAACCGAUGAACAGGAAGGAGAACGGACCGUUUGUUUCCUUGGUGUUGGAAUUCUGUCCGUCUCACUGGGAUUCGUUUUUUGUUUGUUUUCUUUGUUUUUUGGAUUCAGCGUUCAACAUUGAUCCUGGGGGAGCGUUUCUCUGAAGCAGAUUUUGUUGUUUUCAGAUCAUUUUUACUGACUGUGGUAUCUGCUGUUUUAGGAGAAUGUUUAACCAACACUAGUGGCUUUCUUUCAUAACCAAGUUUGCUUUUGGAAGACUUGUUUUCCAAAGGGAACAGUACAUAGGUGUGAUAUACACAUUUAGAUGACAGCUUUAAAAAAUGAAGAAGAAAAAAAACAUUUGAAUAAAACAAACACCUGUCUCUUACCACUUAAGGGUAAAGAACAAAGUCAAAAGAUUAUCCAAUAUUUUACUUGUGUUUUAACCAGUUAUAUAUAUAUAUUUGAAAAGAAAAUUAUAAAUAUAUACACAUGAAUAUACAUUUUUUAUAAUUUUACUAAAGUUAUAAACAAAAGCAUAUAUAUAUAUAUAUAUAUAUGCUCUUAUAUAAAACACUGUUGAAAACGAUCCUUCCUAUGGUGGCCCUUUUUAUUUGCGCAGCAGGGGGCAGAGGGGGUGUGGCUUUGUCGCUCUGGGUUUCAGGGGGUCUACUUGCCAUUUUGUCGACACGCCUGUGAAGCGGCGAAGCUCGGUUCUCCAUCCGGCGAUGGGCGGAGGGCCGCCGGCCGCCAUUUUGUGUUGAGCGUGUCGCCCCUUGCGCACCCGGCCCCAGACAGAGGCUCACGGUCCUCGUGUCGGCGCACAGUUUUGGCAGUGUGGACACCUGCCUGGUUUGCCUCUCCUUACAGCGUAACAAUCAAGAUUCACUUCAACCCCCCCCCCCCACAAAAAAAGGCAGGAGUAAGUCACACAGCGCAUAAUGAAUGGACUACGUACCCCCCCUCUCUCACCAUGACUGCGCUGGGGCGGGGUCACUUCGUCAGGUGGGCGGGGCAGUUAGGGGAAAGGAGGGGCCAGUGGAUCUUCUCUGCCCACUCUGCUGUGGCCCCCCUCUCCCCAACCACGCGGUGGCUGACCUCUCACACUAACAAUGUGGUGUUAUGUUAUUUUUAAGUGAGAAACGGGGAAUCGUAAGAUCUUAAAUCUACAAUUGUAACCAGUAAUCAAGGCUCACUCAAAAUCAGCGCAGACUGCAGUUCGCUGGCUACUUUCUCCUUCUCAUCGCUGGUUUUUGUAGCUUCUGGAAUAUGAUGCUUAGAAAAACUUUUUUUUUUUAAUUCGCAGAAUUCAGAAUCAAGUUUAAUAAGUUUAGACCCGCUGAAAACUUUACACGUGUAAAUAUGGACAAAUUAAAUAUGGUGUUUUGCUUUUUAUAAUCCUGAGAAAUGUAAAUAUAAUGGUUUUCAUAUACAUUUUUAAAAAUAAAAAAAUAUAGAUAGAGAAAUAUAUAUAUAUAUACUGUAUAUGAAUGUUUGGCAUAUAUGCAUAGUUAACCACCUGUGGAAAAGGUGAGAGUUUAUUCUUUCAAUUACAAACUAUGGACUAGGGUAUAAUUUGCACAAAACUAGGUGCUAACACAAAGCCAUUCAUCUUCAAAGAGCCAUUUCAUGGACCCGCUCCUGUCACAUCCUACCUGGACCCCCCCUCCCUCUCUGAUACCUCGCCCUCUAACCCACCUCCACACUGUGUCCCCAUCACCGAGGGCCUCGGAGGUGUUCGGUAUGGCGCCCCCAAGUGGAGGAAGAGGAGGAGCGCAGUAAUCUGUGUUUGAGUCCCGCAGCGGGUCCAUGUGGGCGGCAGAAUUGCGAGACAGAGGAAUGCAGGCAAAGCUUUAUUUCUGUGGUAAAAGAAGAACGACGGAUGAGAUCGCAUUUCCUCUCAAAAACAUGUCAAUCGAGACGAAUUUAAACCCAAUCAUAGCAUUUCGUAACGAGCGGAAAAUGAGUUCAUUCUCCAGGAGACAUCUUUGAUAUUCAUAUUCAUUCAACUGUUGUUGUUUUUGGGUGGCAGAAUACUAAUAAUGUCACUGUCACCAUUUUUAUAACGUGUGUGUGGGGGGGAGGGUGUACAACAAUAAUACUGUAGAAUAUUUCACUUGUGACUUCAGCCAAAAUGUACUGCUGCCCAUUCUAAUAUCAGUUUUUUCCUUUUUUAUUCUGUGAUACCAUUUAAGGGGCAGGAGUAACCAUUUUACGCCCAUAGGUCAAAAUCUACUAUACUGUUUCCUAAAGUAACACUUCGGACCCCUGAAUAUUUUUUUAAUAUGGUCUGUCCAUGAUAAACCCAAGAUACAAACUGGCUUAAAAUAAGAGGCGAAAUGCCGUGUACUAGGGGCAGAAUUAGUGGGCUGAGCUGUGGUAGAGGGUGGGUGGGGAGACUAAAAAAGCAGUGAAUUCUCAGUAGUUAAAUAUCUGUGCGCUUUUGACACUUUGCCGGUGUUAUUUUGACAAAACAGCACUGGCAGCUCUUGGUUUUUUGUGUCACUUCUCUUUAUUCUUACUUAUUUAUUUUGGAGGUGAGAAAUUUUAUGGGGUGAUAAAAAUUAAAGGUGUUUUUAUUUUUAUUUUUAAGUUGUUUAAAAAAUAAAUAAAUGUGCCAAAAGGUAUUUCACCUGUAUAUCUCCUGACUUAAAAAAAAAAAAAAAAGAUUUUCCUCUAAUAAUUUUUGACUAUGGUGCCACCUUCUGGAAGUACUACUGACCUGAUCUUUUACUGUAUGUAUCAAUUUUUUUUUUGGUGGAAAUACAUGUUUUUGUAAUGGAAUAUAUACACAAAUUACCUGCUUUAUGGGAUUUUCAUUAACAUUUUUAUUCAUUUUGAAAGAAAAUAUCAAAAUAUGUUUUGUUUGAAAUAGUGGUUUAAUAGAUUGUUUGAAUACACCCAAAAUCCAAUAGUAUUUCCCCCUCUACCUCCCCAACCCCUCCCUGACUGUGUCUUAAUCCUGGCGAAGUGAGGUGCAGUUAUGAUUCCCUUUGAUUUUCUGGGUUUUAGGGAUUAUGGGGGGAAAAAAAUAUUUACUCACUGUUUUGUAAAGUUGACAAUACAGUAUUAUAUACUAAUGAAACAAUAUGAAAAAGAUCUUUAAUAAACACAUCAUUCGCGUACAUUUGUUCUAUAGGGUCUACGUGGUCAGUCCUGUUUUGAAACAACCAAAAAGCACAAUGUAAAUGGCAAAAAGAUUUCAGAAUCCCACACCUGUACCUAGUAAGGCAUGAGCAUUUGUAGGGGGCAAUUUUGACAAAAACAGGUCAUUUGUAGACAGUCUUUGACUUCUUGCACUGUGAGUUAAGGUGGGCUGGUGGGGUGUCCUGGACUCAGGGACAAACUCACUGUCUCUCCAGCCUCUGUUGCACUUUGCUGCCAGAAGGACCUUAAGGCUGAGUGCAGCUCUCCAUUCAUUAGACUGAUUGUAGAUCUCUGUCAAUCAAUCGCCAUGGUGAUACUGGGACUGUCUGAAACAUGUAUAAGAGGAUGGAAAGCAGUGGCAGAGCGGCUGCUAGAUUGACCGUUCAUGACAUUCAUUCAUGCUUUUGCACUAGGUGUAGGUCCAGGACAUUUUCAACCAUCAUUAACUGACAACAAAACUUUAAAAAUUCCCCCUGACCUCAGUCGUGUGUAAUAGCAUAGCUGGCAACCACAAUACACUACACGCAUUUCUGUCUCCUCAUAAAAGAUUGAACGUUUAUUCACACUUUGUCAUCUUGAGAAAUUUUGAUUUAUUCAUAUAUUGAUUUGUUCAGAUAUUACGCCGAUAUGUAUUCAUUCAGGUAUCACUUUUACAUAUAUAGCAAUUGGUGUCCUUUUAAAAUAAAUACACGUUUUUGGAGAAAUUUACCAUAUUUAAUCAUCACAAAUGUAACGGUAAUCAUAAUGUUACUACAAUGAGUUUAAGCAGUUUUAAGUUAUCAUUUGGCAUUAAAGUGUUUUUUUCACCCGUUUGAAUUUCACUUCAACCAAUCUAUUGUUUCCCAAGUAAAGAUGUAAAACAUCUAUUUAAAAAAAUUGAUUCAAAGUUUAUUAUUUUCGAACAUUUCUCAUCAUUGUUGAAGGUGCUUUUCAUAGGUAUAUAUAAAGUGAUGCCUAAAAAUAUAAACAAGUUGAAUGGUUUUACGUGUAAGAAAGUAUACUAUUUCCAAAUAAAGGAUUUGUGAUAUAUUUGGAGAUAUUUGGUCAAUCCCUCAAGAGCAGCACCACACCCAUACAGCAUCAGACACUGAGCUGAAUUUUGCAGCAUAUUGGUGAAGUGAGACUACGAUGCUUUCUGUUUUAAGAUGUUGGAAGUAUAGUGUGUCAGUGCAUCACAUACUUCAACGCACCUAAAUUGCUUUACCACAGCCAAGGUCAUCAGAUAUCUGAUGAAUGACAUAUAAUCAAAUAGGAGACAACGCUGUUACGUCAGAAUAUGAACUGUCCCAAUCUCAACUGUGAAUCUCCAUCACAAUAAUGAAUAAAACUGUGAGCACCUUGUAAAUGCAUUACUACAAGGGGACUUAUAUCCUGAUUGAUAAACCAUAUUUCUAUAACUUUUUUCCCCAGUAUUAAUUCAGAUGCUAGUCAUUUCAAUCAUAUCUGAUUUCAAUCUGUUGGACGUACACACUUUUUUAAAAUGGCCGGAUAGGUAGCGUCAUAGAGAAGUAGAAUUGUAUUUAGAACCCUGUGUGUUAUAAAUGUAGGAUAUGUGGAAGAAACAGGAAAUCUAAAUGAAGAGAAAAGAAAACACUGCAACUUGAAUAGGUGGCACAAGCAACUAGAUUGUUUUGUGCAUGAUUAUGAAUCAAUUAUUUUAGCUCUGCAAAUGAAGGAACAAAAUAAACUCUCUCUCACACACACACACACGUUUGAAUUUAAAUAGUGUUUAUUAAGCAUUAAUGUACCAGUAUUUGGUGUUUGGUUUAAAUGACUCCCCACAUUUUAAAAAGCCUUUUAACUUUCAGCCAUUUUACUUGUACGAAUGAAAAAGAAAAUGGUUCCCUAUUGCCAGGGGACUUGAAUAGCAUAAUUCUUAGGAUUUUUCCACAGUAGGUAUAUAACACGAUAAGCACAAACGUUUCAGUAACGGUCUCGUCAGUUCAUCUCUGCCUCAGUCUCUGUCUGAUACACCCCAUCUGUGUGCACUGCAGUCUUGCAGAUCACCUGAGAAGUUUCUGUCAGGAGGAACAGGCACAGAUGCCUGCAAAUACUCAUUAAAAUUUCUCCUUUCUAUUAAAAGCGUGCAUCUCACCUUUGUGUAUGGGCUGUUAUAAAAAAUAAUUUGACGUGUAAGGUGAGCCAUCGGACCUUGUCGUUGUCAUACAUCACAGAGAUCUAUGUUUGUUAUAUUAUGUAAUAAAUUUAUAAUGCAAACGAUAA